AUGGCUCGAACAGAACCAUCAAAUAUUAACCAUUGUGUGGCUCCAUCAAUAACUUCACGUGUUAGUAAUUUUACUAAAGAUUCAAAUCAACGUAGUGAUGAAAUUAAAACAGAAUUUACUUCACGUGAAGGUACAUAUAAAAUCUCAUCAUUAAUUGAUAAUCUCGGUAAAAUUGGCUCAAGUACAUGUCUUAAUGAACCAGUUAAAAUAACAUUAUUACCUCGUAUACAAACUAUUUACGAAACAACAAAUAGUCAAACAAGUUCAAGACGCUCAUCAUCAACAAAUAAUCAAAAUGAUCAUUCAAUUGAACAAAAACAAACAUCAAUAUCGAAUGGAAAUGAAACAAAUCAACAAAAUGGAAAUAUAUUUCUUACAGAUAUUUUAGCAUUUAAUGUUGGAAGAGAAUUAAUUGUUUAUGAAUUUGCUGAAGCCACACAGUCCAAUUUCGGUGACCCACUUGAUCAUCGUGUUUAUAAGCAAAAUCAUCAACCUACUUGUCACGAUAUAACACAAAAUCCAGAUACAAAUGGUUUACAUAUUCUUGUCGGAUUUUCUAAAGGUCAAAUACAAUAUAUAAACAUGCAAACAAAAGAACAAAAAGUUUUCAAUGAAGGAAGUUAUUUGGAUAAAGCAAAAGUAACAUGUAUUAAAUGGUUAUCAAAUCCUAAAACAUAUUUUCUUGCAUCAUAUUCAAGUGGUUAUUUAUAUGUAUUUGAUGAACAACUUAAUUAUCAACGUGAUACAAAUGUUCAACCAACAUAUUCAACAAUAAAAGAUGAUGAAAAAAAUUUUUCUAUAUCAUAUACAAAAAAUAAAUCUAAACAAACAAGAAAUCCAGUAUCACGUUGGUCAAUUGGUAAUGGAAGUAUAAAUGAAUUUAGUUUUUCACCUGAUAAUAUUCUACUUGCUAUUGUAUCACAAGAUGGAUUUUUACGAAUAUUUAAUUAUGAAAAAAUGGAAUUAGUUGCUUAUAUGAAAAGUUAUUUUGGUGGACUUCUUUGUGUAUGUUGGUCUCCCGAUGGUAAAUAUAUUGCAACUGGUGGUGAAGAUGAUUUUAUAACAUUAUUUACUCUUGAUCCUGAAGAACAUACUCCACGUGUAAUAUGUCGUGGGCAUGGUCAUACAUCAUGGAUAAGUGCAAUAUCAUUUGAUCCAUAUAUGAAUGCUAAAACAUAUUAUUCAUCAUUUAUUCAAACAUCAUCAUCAUUAUCAUUAGAUAAUGAUAAUGAUCCUAUUGAUGGUAUACGAAAAACAAUUCCAUGGACACGUAGUGAUUCAUCCUAUUUUGAUACAACUAUUCCAUCAUUAUUUUAUCGUAUUGGUUCAGUUGGACAAGAUAAUCGUUUAUGUUUAUGGGAUAUAACAGAAGAUGUACUUAAAAUAAAUUCAAAUAGUAAACAAAAUUCUUCAACAUAUCCAUUAGUAUCAUCAGCGUCAACAACAAAUGGUUGUUCAUUAUUGUCAUCAUCGGAUAUAACAACAAAUACUCAACCAUCAACAACAAAAAGUUCAUUUUCAUCUAUAACAUCACGUCUUUCAUUUGUACGUAAUUCCAAUAAAGUAAAUAAAUCAACGGAUGAUAUACCGGAUUUAUCAUUAGUAACACUUUCGAAUGGUAUAUCAAAAAAAUCUCGAAAAUUAUCUUUAUUAUCAAGUACAUUGAGUGGAACAAAAUCUUCAUCAUCGAAAUUAACAACAAAUUCUGAUGAUACAAAUCAAACAUCAUUAUCAAUAUUAACAACUAAUAAUAAUAAUAAUUUUUCAUCACGUCGAACAAAUUUUGAUUUAACUAAAAGUACAUUUGGUACAAAUUUAUGUCCGAAAUUAGAUGAUAUACAAGUUAUUGAACCAAUUAUUACGGAAUUUAUAGCACAUGAACGUUUAAAUGGAAUUUAUUUUGGUGAAAAUUAUUUACUUACAUCUUCACAAGAUGGAAUUAUUGCUAUUUGGGAAAAACCACAAAAACUUCUAAAUAUUAAUACUACUGAUGAUCGAACAACGAGUUCAACAACAUUAAUUAACAGUAAUUCUCAUCAUUCGACAGUUUCUCAACGAUUAUAA